UAUAUGAUGGAGAGAAACCUGAUACCUGUAAUGUAAAUGAGAAAUUCCCCAGCUAUCAUGAAAAUCUUAAUCAACAUCAUAUGGUUCAGUCCAUGGAGCAAAAUUUUGAAUAUAAUGGACAAGAGAAAGCCUUCCACACAGAAGGAAUAUUGUGGACACAUAAGAGGGUUCACAUAGAAGAUACCCUUUGUAAAGGUAAUGAAUAUGAAAAAACCUGUGGUAAGUCAGUUCUCAUUGCCCAAGACAUGACUCAGCUAGAAAAUAAAACUUUCUAUAAAGAAUCUAACCUCGCCAAUCAUAACAAUUUAGAUUCAGGAGAGAAUGACUAUAAAUACAUUGAAUGGGAGAAACUUUUUAAAACAUCAAUUUUUACAGUACCUCAGAGAACACAUACAGGACAAAAGCCCUAUGCAUGUAAUGAAUGUGAGAAAUCAUUUUCUCAGAAGUCAGUCCUAAAUGUUCAUCAGAGAACACACACAGGAGAGAAACCUUAUGAAUGUAAAGAAUGUAGGAAAUCUUACUACCGGAUGUCAGACCUCACUGUGCAUCAGAGAACUCACACAGGAGUGAAACCAUACGAAUGUAAAGAAUGUAGGAAAUCUUUCUACUAUAAGUCAGCCCUCACUGUACAUCAGAGAAUUCACACAGGAGAAAAACCCUAUGAAUGUAAAGAAUGCAGGAAAUCUUUCUACCGGAAAGCACAUGUAAUUCUACAUCAGAGAACUCACUCAGGAGAGAAACCCUAUGUGUGUAAAGAAUGUAGUAAAUCUUUCAACCAGAAGUCAUACCUUACUGUUCAUUUGAGAACUCACACAGGGGAGAAACCCUAUGAAUGCAAGGAGUGUGGCAAAUGUUUCUAUCAGAAGUCAGAACUCACUAACCAUCAGCGAACUCACACAGGAGAAAAACCCUAUCAGUGUAAAGAAUGUGGGAAAUCUUACUACAAAAAGUCAUACCUCACUGUGCAUCAGAGAACUCACACCGGAGAAAAGCCCUAUGAAUGUAAAGAGUGUAGGAAAUCUUUCCACAGCAAGUCAAAGCUCACCGUACAUCAGAGAAUUCACACAGGCGAAAAACCAUAUGAAUGCAAAGAGUGUAGGAAAUCUUUCUGCCGGAACUCAGAUCUUACCGUGCAUCAAAGAACGCACACAGGAGAGAAGCCGUAUGAAUGUAAAGAAUGUAGGAAAUCUUACUAUAAUAAAUCAUACCUUACUGUACAUCAGAGAACUCACACAGGAGAGAAACCCUAUGAAUGUAAGGAAUGUAGGAAAUCUUUCUGCCGGAAUUCAGACCUCAUCGUGCAUCAGAGGACUCACACAGGAGAGAAACCCUAUGAAUGUAAAGAGUGUAGAAAAUCUUAUUUCAACAAGUCAUACCUUAUUGUACACCAGAGAACUCAUACAGGAGAGAAACCAUACGAAUGCAAAGAGUGUAGGAAAUCUUUUUACAGCAAGUCAAAACUUACUGUACAUGAGAGAACUCAUACAGGAGAGAAACUCUAUGAAUGUAAAGAAUGUAGGAAAUCUUUCUAUUGGAAGUCAGACUUCACUGUGCAUCAGAGAACUCAUACAGGAAGAAACCCUAUGAAUGUAAUGAGUGUGGAAAAACCUUUUGUCAGAAGUCAUACCUUAGCAAACAUCAGCGAACUCACUCAAGGGAGAAAUCUUGUAUAGCAGAGACUGGUUGUGUUCUCCAGAAUCCACUAUCUUCUCUCUGGGACACACAGUCUGAUUUUCUCAGCCUCCCUUUAUUGUGGGUUGGAUCGUGCAACUGAAGUCUUUGCAGGAGGCUAUGGACACAAGCAAUCAUUACUUCUUGACCUUAUUUCUCAAACCCUGUGGCUCUGGUCUGCAGAUGACCCUCAUCGUGGCCUUAAGAGUUAUACUUGGAAAAAGGCCACUGUAAUUUAGAUAUAAAGAACUGGAGACAGCACAGAUGUUCCUACCUGUAAUCUGGAAACUUUCCUUUGUAUUUAUGAUCGUGAGAAACACAUAUCUACUCUGUCAGUGCAUUGUGUAUCUGAUCUGUUUGCAAUACAGUUCAGUCCACUGUAGCUAAUUCUCUCUCUGAACUUUCUGAGGGUAGUUAACAGUCUUUAUGGAUCAACAUAUCCAUGCAUGAGGCAAACCUCUGCUGUAAUUUUUCAUCCCCAACUUUAUGGAUAUGUGAGAGAAAUCAUCAGCAAAAACAAGGCAACAGUCUUGGUAAUGCCUCUGUCAGGCAGAGAAGUAUCUUUCAACACUGAAAAUACACCGAAUAUUUGCCAAUAUUUUAAUGCAUCAAAGGUUUUUGAAUACUAUCAUCAUAUAUUAACUUACUUUAAUUGGCUAAUAUUUUGAUUACUCAACAUUUUUUUGAACUUUGUUCUAGUAACAGAUCAGCUGAGUAACCACAGAGGUUAUCACAUCACCUAGGUACACCAGCCAUCUUGUAUAUCCAGCACUGUUUGGUUUAUCUGGAAUGGAGAGUGAGUCUCUUCUAUCCUCUGGUUUCAGUAGUCACUUACUCUAUCAGGAGUGUAUAUACAGGGUGGAGAGAGGCUGUGGUCAGUGUCCUGGGGGCCUAGGAAUCCAGGUGUUUGUGUGUGUGUGUGUGUGUGUCCCCCCUUUAGUUUGCUUACACCAUUGAGGUGCAUUACUCCUGUUUGUAGUUGAGUCCUUCCUUGACUGAAUUUAUAUGGCCUGUGUCUGAUCUCUUUGAUUUCACUGAGCUAUUCUUAGUUAUGCUUAAAUAUAAUACACAAAGUUAUAGUAACUCUGGACUGCUAUUUAAAUACUUUUUGUUCAUUUAUAUACCACUGUGUAGUCUGUAUCAUCUUCCUUUAUGCAUCCACAAAGUCUUUAUUGACUUUAUUAGAAUUGCAUUUAGUCUAGAACUUAGUGUGGUGCCCACUUGGGAUGGAACAAUUAUGUACCAAUCAUGUGAAUCCUUCCUAGUCAGGCUAAGAACACAGUGAUGAUGUUCUGAUUGCUUCUGCUCCAUCCCAGCCUCUCAUGUUAACAGGCCUACAAAUGACCUCUGCUGUCUUCACCACUACCCACUGAGUUAGCUCGACUAGCUCUCUGACCUCUUGGACAUCUCCCAAAUGUUAAUCAUGAGAUUCAGACUUCAAAUACCAGGACAGGGAAUUUUUUGGAAAAACGGUAAUGAAAACAGGAUAGCUCUGCUGCCUUCAGUCACUCCUGGUGCUGCUUGUGUACUCCUGAGGUACUUCUUUUGUCACUUUGCAGCUGAAGAGACUGUGGGUCCUCUGUCAUGGUCAGCAAAAAGCCCAUUUUAAGACAAGAAUGGUGAUUAUGUGGAUUUCAAGAUGGUGGCAGGGUAGGGUGGUCCUGGGGUGCAUUUUGAAGGGAAGAGGCAUACAGAACUUAAAAAAUGAGCACAUCUGUGGUGAAUAACAAGGUUUGUUGCUGAGGAAAUCAGAUUGUGAUUUGAUGUAUGGCCAAUCUAGGACACAGACACACCUUCACAGGUGCCGGUGGAGGCUGAAGAUGCAGUGGAUGUACUUCAGUAGCAGACAGGUGCUGUUUACAGAAGAUGGAGCCUGCUACUCCAGAGCUCUGCUCACAAACAAGCAUUCUCCUGUAGGAAACUGCAGUGCAAUUCCAACAUGUCCUAACUGGUACAGUAUGAUUUCCUCUAUUCUUUCACUGUUCCCUUCUCCAUUCCUGUGGGGUAACUGGUGUUGGUGUACAAGCUGUUUUGUUUUCAUUGAAUAAAUGAAGGUAUAUGUGGAUUGAUACCAAGUGGAGAUGAUUAGGGGAGUUCUGGUUCUAUGAAAACGACUCCUUUUCUCCACCAGGAGUGUGCUCAUUCUGCUCUUUUCUUUAUAUUCCAGGACUUUGUUUUGCUCUUCCUGUUUAAUAAGUAAUCAUAAAUUGUUUGAAAAUUUUUAAUUUUUUUGUAUACCAUUGUAAAAACAAGGACAAUUUAUAACUUUCUUAUAUAGCUGUUACAUGUAGAGGUCUUUAUAUAGGGAUAAGUGACUUAAAAGACAGACAAAAAAAAAAAAAAAAAAACAGGUACUUUCCCCUUUAAGGCCAAUAUCUGUUUUAAAUACACACCUUGUGUAAAAUGAAAAUAAAAUUCAAAUAAAAUCAUGGGAUGAAAUUUC